AUGAGUUCAAUGUCGCCGAUCGCAGUGAUCGUGAUGUGUGCGUUGGUUGUAUCAUCAGAUACGGCAUCGACUGCCACAGCCGCCAUAGCAUCUCCCAGUCAGUCAUCGAACGGGAGCCGUAACUCUAGCCAGCGCCCUGUCAUCACGAUCAACAAAUGCGACCAACGCUCGGAUCGUUCCGACGAGUCGCACACGGAAUGGCCCAGCGAUGCGUCGAGGAACCUGCCCGACUGCCGUUGUCCACCCGACUACACGGCGGUCCUGCAGUACGGCGAACCCUCACAGAAGGUACUCUGCGCGAGCUUGCGUUCGGCGGCACCGUGGAGCGAAGGUUGUGUAUCCUCGGGUUCCAGCACCGACUACUACGAUCUGGGCGCGAUAGAGCUGCGCCUAAUUCGAGCCAUGCUGCGGGCAGCUAACGUGUCCGAGGUGUGGAUCUCUGCCCGCCGGAUAGCACCGUUUGGGGCACUGGUGCGACGCUUGCCCGGUGACCGCUGGAACGCCCCGGUGGAGCUGGACCAGCCAACCGGAGAAGAUGGUCACUCGGAUGGCCAGCUAACAAUCGUCCCAACGUCGGCUGAUUUCAACUGCGCCGCGGUCGGUGGAUCGAACUACGAACAAAUAUUCCUAGCCAACUGCUCGCGAGCACUGCCCCAGCUGUGUUUGUUUCGCGACUCGACCCUGCUGCAAUUGCACUGUCGCCAACGGGAGUUCACCACGAGGUAUGGUGAAGGUCAAGACAUGUGCUACACCGUGCUGGCUAACGAUGACCGUGCGCUAAGCGCACUGAGUAGUGCGGCGCCUGAAUAUCGCGUCUUUGACGUCGACAGUGGACGCAAGAAACAGCUCUUGGACGACUUGCUGAGUUCCGCAGCCGCGUACCAGAAGCACUGCGCGCAGACAUAUUUCACCGAGCCGCUGCGUUCCCUUGCCCUUAGCAUUCGCGGUGCUUUCCAUCGUGCGGUGAACGGUACGGUAUCCUCCAGCGAUACUAAUAUGCUGCCGGAACAGAGCCUAAGACAAAUACCGUUCCUGGAUCUGUGGAAACGUUACGACUGCACGGCUGUGCAGCGAAACAACUCAGCGGAUCUCAGCGCCGACGGUCCGGUCCGGGCGAUGUACCUGUACUUUGACCGGGCGCGCCAUCGGCUUUACCUUACCGUUUACGGCCGGCAGUGGUACUGGCGCGAGAAGCCCUCAGCGAAUGGGUUCCAGUGCUACACGAAUGCCGACGCCGAUCAGGUACGGCGUGUUCAGGUUCGCCCGAUACGCACCUCUAGAAAGCGGUCGCGUAGGGCUCACCCUCGGUCGUCGGACGGUGACGCACCGGAAGCCGGAGAUGAUGAUACCGGCCAGCGAAGCAUGUACGAGGUAACGCUCGUCGACGGCAUACCGAGCUACUACUGGUGUGAGGCGCACCUGGUACCGAACCUGACGCACCUCGUAUCGCCGACCGUGCUGGCAAACCGCAAGUCGAACGGUAAAACCUUCUUCUCCGUCACCGUCGAUGUACGGUUGGAGCGCCUGGCCGAAACAAUGCGCCUGAAGGACUACACUCGCGUGGUGAAGGACCACCUAAAACGUGCCCGUGCCCGAGUGUUGCCGGAAACGAAGCGUGUGCUGGAGACAAUCAAGACGGUGCAGGUGAUGAAAAGUGACCGCCUGCGCGAUACGUUCCCGCCGGACAACGGGAUCGCGGCACGGCUGAUCGUGCACCUUGUGAUGCGGCAGGUCAACUUCAAGAGUGAUUUCCCCGUUUUCGUCGAAAUCAAUGAAAUCGAUCUGCCGGACGCGUAUGUGCGGUACUAUCGCACUCGGAGCUACCUGCAGGACGCACUCCGCCUGGCCGCUUCCGACGAGUUCCGGUUCGUGGGGGUGAACAGCACGGAGUACUGUCUGCCCGACAGCCUGCAGCGGCCUUCGUCGUCCACCGACGGUAACGUGUGGUGGGUGGCCCGGCUCGGUGAAACGGUCACCCCGCGGAAUCUGUGUUUACCCGCGGGGAGUGACCUACCCCUGACGCGUCGCUGUCUCGGUGACUACCUGCACGGAUGCGCGUGGGACACGCUCGAACUGCAGUCCGGCCAACAAUGUUCCUCCCACGAGCGUCCGGAAACACGAGCCCUGUACGAGUACAGUGCCGUGCAGCUAAACAUGAGCCUUCUGCCGGACGUUUUAAGCACCGUUGGACACGUGCUGUCCGCACCGGCAAGCGUCCUCCCGGUGGACCUGUUCUACAUUGCGCAGGUGCUGGAAAAUUUGCGCAACGUGCUGCUGCUUUCGAUGCCGGAAGAAAGCGCGCUGCUGGGAGCGCUAAACACAGUGCAACACUACUGCGACAUGAGCGACAUCAUGAGUAGCGUAAUGUACGUCAACGAGACGACCGUGACGCGGGCGCAGCGGGUACUGAAUACUACCAACACCUUGCUGUACGUGACCGAAACGAUCGUGAACCAACUGGCGCUUGCCGAGAAUGCUUCGAUGUUGCGACAGGGCGCUCAGUACGACUGCGGUAUGCGGGCACUGGAGCCGGCGGCGACGAACGGUGCCGGUACGUUGCUGUUUCGCAGCCCCAGAUUGAUAGUGUUGAUAGCGGACCCGGCUGUCGCCAACGUAUCCGGUAUCGCUCUGUUCCGGCAGAUUGAUGGCGGCGACGGCGGCGACGGCGACGCGGAGGACUUCAACGGUUACACGGUCAGGUACCUGUAUGCGAACCAAUCGGUGGAGUCACUGAUCACCGAGCAGGACCUCGAGAUUGGCGCGUUCAUCCCGCAGUCGGUGCUGGAAAACCUGGCCACACUGCACGAGGCUAUGACGGAGGAACAACCAGACCCGGAGACGGAGCCCCUCCAGAUGGAGCCCGGGCUUCCAGCGGUUCCACCACCUUUGCGUGUGGUUCUCACGAUCUACUACAACGAUCACGCGUUUCGCGAGACGCGCGCGGGCCCGGUGACCCGCUCGAGCGCCAAGAUCAUCAGCAUCAGCAUCCCCGGGUACGGUUCGCGCAUGCCGGGCGAGAUUCCGUUCUACGCACGAGAAACGCGACCCAAAAACCAGAGCACCACAAGCCACUGCGGUUACUGGUCGUUCGAGACGGACCCGGCCGGGACGGAAGGGUUCGGACGGUGGGCGUUCGACGAGUGUCGGUUGAUCGACGGGGCCGGACCAGUAGCACUGUGCGGUUGCUACCACCUGACGUCCUUCUCGCGGCUCACGAUGGACACGCAGCUCGUCGAAUCGGUGGGCGUUUCACAGAAGUUCAUCGCCGACCAGAGUACGCUGGCGCUCGACCUAAUCACCGCGAUCGGCUGCUCGCUGUCGUUGCUCGGCGUACUGGGCAUCCUGGCCACGGGCGUCCUUUUCCCCGGCUGGCGAGCAAAGGCGAGCAGCAAGAUUCUGCUGCAGCUGUCGUGUGCGAUCGCGAUCGAAAUGAUCAUCAUUUUCCUGGAGGGUCCGGACAUCGACCAGCACCGGGGCCGGAGUCACAUCGAGUGCGCCCUGCUCGGGAGCGUGUUCCACUACAUCAUCCUGGUGACGUUCAUGUGGAUGCUGCUCACCGCGUACCUACAGUUCAUGCGCUACGUGAAGGUGCUCGGCCGACUGCGCCCGUCGCACGUGAUUCUGAAGGCCACCGUACUUUGCUGGGGCGCACCACUCGUCCCGGUGGCUACCUAUCUCGCUAGCGACUACACGCUGUACCUGAAACGGGACAACCUGACCGACAUUUGCUACCCACACGGGGACGCCCUUUGGUUCGGGCUGAUGCUACCGAUCGCCGCGAUAGUGUUUUUCAACCUCGUCAGCUUCGUGGUCGUACUCUACCAUAUCUGCGCGAUUCCGGCCAACCUGAGCAAGCAAACCGAUCGUGACCUCACGCUGGCCCAGCUACGGCUGUCGGUGUUUCUAUUCUUCCUUCUCGGGCUGCCGUGGAUCUUCGGUAUGCUCACUACCGGCACCGAGGACAAACUGUUUGCCUAUCUGUUCUGCCUCACCGCGCCCGUACAGGGGUUUGUGCUGUUCCUGUACUUCAUCGUCAUCGAUCCGGGUGCCCGGCGACUGUGGUUGGGCCGCCUGCGCCGCUGCCGGUGCAUCGCCGAUCGAUCGGCCGCCAACCAACUGGACGAGAAGGAAACUACAACCCUACCGAGCACCACGCUAAACACGCAACUUUGAUCUGGCGCUCGCUCUAUCUGGAUCUGGGUCUAAUCUAAUGUCUAAUGUCUAACUAAUUUAUGCGAUUCAACGACACUGCACGAUCAGGUUGAUCUGUCGCGCGCUGUCUUACCUGUGAGUGGCUGAGCUGAGAUGCACGGCACGGCACGGCACGUAUCGGAUACAGUUUGUGUUUUGAGCGAACUUUUGGACGAACCUUUGGAACCGCUGCAGCGUGUCUCAACUAGGGUCGCCUGUUUUUGCAAUGCCUGUCACCGUUAGCCGUUGCGUCUAUCCAAGCUAAGAUCAACGGGGAAACUGAAAAUGGAGCCUUUCUCCAGUGGGACCGGAGAGUCCAAGAAUGCGGAGUCCGUGGUUGCGGACUACUCUAUUAACUAUUUAGGAGCGCAAAAGUUAAACACCAUUAUCCAAUCAAGCCGGCCGCCGGCAGCAGGCUUGGCUUGGAAAAUUCCGAAGACCGGAGUGAUUGCCGGCAUUAUUCAAUUUACACACACGCUCUGGGGACACACGCUUUUGCUGUCGGGGCGGGCUCGGUUCGUUUGUUCACUUCACCUUAUUUGGCUUGCGAGAAAUUGCGUGUUUCUUCGUUUGCAACUACCCCCUUCCCGCCUCCCUCCCGCGUGCCGCGUGUGUGUGUUUAAUCAUCGUUUACUAUUUUCAAAUUAUGCGUACCGCGCUACGAUUCCGAAGUUGUUCCGUGUGCUCCAAUAUCGCAACCGGCGGAGCGGAUGCGAUGCGCUGGUCUGCCUGCAAGACGCGGGCAGGUUUGCGGAGGGCAUGUUGCGACACGCGCGUAACGUAAGUAGUGCUGCUUAACGACGUGCCAACAUGGUGACGAGAACU